AUGACAAUGAGGGAGAAAGACAUGCCGUACUCAGAGACGACCCCUUUGCUAGAGGUCAAUGUCGCUCCCCAGCGGCAUCGAUACCCGCACCAUGCCCUCCGUCGAGCUUGCACUAUCUCCCUUGCAGCUCUACUUUCCGUAGCGACCGUUCUGUUUCUAAUUCCCACCGCCAUUCUGCCUCGAGAGAGUGGCUCGGUUUGGUCUUAUCUCCCCUGGUCUCAUCCAAUUCCCCACGAUGCAUGGCCAGAGAGCUAUGGUCUGCCGUACGAUCAGCUCCAGCAGAUCCUCCUCAAUGUUCCGUCCGCGGAUAAGGCCCGAGAGUGGAGUAAAUACUAUACAGCGGGACCACACUUGGGAGGCAAGAACCUUUCCCAGGCACUCUGGACUCUUGAGAAAUGGAAGGAAUUCGGCGUGGAGGAUACCAGCCUUGCGGCCUACGAUAUCUAUAUUAAUUACCCGCUUGAUCACCGUCUGGCUUUGCUGAAGACCUCCGACGGUAAGACCGAAGUUACCUUUGAGGCUACACUAGAGGAGGAUGUCCUCGAAGAAGAUCCCACCUCCGGCCUUAAAGACCGUGUUCCAGCCUUCCAUGGCUACUCUGCGACCGGAAAUGUAACUGCCCAGUAUGUGUAUGUCAACUUUGGCACAUACGCUGACUUCGAGGAUCUCGUGAAUGCCAACAUCACCUUGGAGGGUAAGAUUGCAAUUGCGAAAUACGGUGGUAUCUUCCGUGGAUUGAAGGUGAAGCGUGCACAGGAACUCGGAAUGGUCGGUGUAGUGAUCUACAGUGACCCGCAGGAAGACGGUGAAAUCACUGAGGAAAAUGGUUACGAAGCUUAUCCCAAUGGACCGGCACGGAACCCCAGUGCUAUCCAGAGAGGUAGUACUCAAUUCUUGAGCAUUCUUCCUGGUGACCCCACAACCCCAGGAUACCCAUCUAAGCCCGGGUGUGAGAGGCAGGAGCCUUACUCUAUUCCCUCUAUUCCAUCCCUCCCUAUCUCCUAUAAGGAGGUUCUACCAUUCCUGAAGGCAUUGAAUGGCCACGGCCCUAAGGCGUCCGACUUCAACAAGUGGUGGCAGGGUGGUGGCCUCGGCUACAAGGGUGUCGAGUACAACAUCGGCCCCUCCCCGGAGGAUGUGGUGAUCAAUCUCCACAACCAUCAGGAGUAUGUGACGACCCCAUUGUGGAACGUCAUUGGUACCAUUAAGGGCCACAUCCCCGACGAGGUCGUCAUCCUCGGCAACCACCGUGAUGCAUGGAUUGCCGGUGGCGCAGGAGAUCCUAACAGUGGAUCCGCAGCUCUGAAUGAGGUUGUUCGCAGCUUCGGCGAGGCCCUUAAGGCAGGGUGGAAGCCAUUGCGCACCAUCGUCUUUGCCAGCUGGGACGGCGAAGAGUACGGUUUGCUCGGAUCGACCGAAUGGGUCGAAGAAUACCUGCCAUGGCUCUCCAAGGCCAACAUUGCCUAUCUGAAUGUUGAUGUGGCUGCUGCCGGCACACGCUUCGAGCCUCGCGCUAGCCCCCUGCUGAACAAGGUCAUUCACGAUGUCACCGGCUUAGUGCAGUCCCCGAACCAAACCGUACGGGGCCAAACCAUCCGCGAUGUUUGGAACGGCAAGGUCACAACCAUGGGUAGUGGCAGCGAUUUCACUGCCUUCCAAGAUUUCGCCGGUGUUGCCAGUCUGGACUUUGGAUUUGGCCGUUCUCAGAACGACCCGGUCUACCACUAUCACUCGAACUACGACAGUUUCGCGUGGAUGGAGAAGUACGGCGACAAAGACUUCCUCUACCACCAAGCAUGCACAAAGCUCUGGGCUUUGGCAGCUGCCCAGCUAGUGGAAUCUCCUCUCCUCGCAUUGAACGCCACAGACUAUGCGUUCGGCCUAGGCACCUAUCUAGACAACAUCAAGCCAACGGCCGACAAACUUCCCGGCAAAAAGCAAUUCCACUGGGCGAAUCUGGACAGACAGAUUCUUGAAUUCCAGGAAGCUGCUCAAGCCUUCGAUGCCUAUGCCGUCGAUUUGCAGUCCCAGCUUGGCGAGCGUGUCCCCUGGUAUCACUGGUGGAAGAAGGUGAGGCUGUGGUUCCAGAUCCGCGCCACAAACGCCAAGUACAAGGGCAUUGAGCGGGCUUUCCUCUACCAGCCCGGUCUGGAUGGCCGUGAAUGGUUCAAGCAUGUUGUCUUUGCUCCUGGUAUCUGGACUGGUUACUCGGGUGCUACGUACCCUGGUAUUGUUGAGAGUCUCGAGGCUGGAGAUGUGGAGAAUGCCUAUAAAUGGAGCUCCAUCAUUGAGGAGCGCAUUAGUGCAGCAACGCAGUUGCUGCUGUGA